AUGUCAAUCUUUGGUAAGAAUUUCAAGAAACAUGCUAAUAUUUAUUCAGGGAGGAUAUACAAUAGUGAUAGAAAGUGGUUAAUCCCCUUUUUUGUGAGUUUGCUUGUUUGGAUUACUCUAAUUUCAGCUGCCCUUUUUGGGGUUUAUUCAUCAUCAUCCUACAAUCAAGAUUCAUCCCAUUUAGAUGAUGCUUCUUUUGCAAAAUCAGAUGAUUCUGGUGGGUAUUUUGUUGAGAUGAAUAUAGAGAAACCCAGUGAAUUCCCUAAAGAAAAAGCUCCUAGAUUGGCCUACCUUAUUUCGGGUACAAAGGGUGAUAGCAAAAGAAUGAUGAGAACUUUGCAAGCUGUUUAUCAUCCAAGAAAUCAGUACAUUUUGCAUAUGGAUCUUGAAGCUCCACCUCGAGAAAGGAUGGAGUUAACGAUGGCUGUUAAGAACGAUCCGACGUUUUCUGAAGUCGAGAAUGUUAGGGUGAUGGCUCAGUCUAAUUUGGUGACUUAUAAGGGUCCAACAAUGAUUGCAACGACCCUUCAAGCAAUCGCGAUUUUGUUGAAGGAGAGCUCGAAUUGGGAUUGGUUUAUUAAUCUCAGUGCUUCGGAUUAUCCGCUUGUGACACAAGAUGAUUUGCUUCAUGUUUUCUCUAAUUUGUCAAGAACACUCAACUUCAUCGAACAUACGAAGCUUACAGGAUGGAAAUUGAACCAGAGGGCGAAGCCCAUUAUCGUCGACCCAGGUCUUUAUUUGUCCAAGAAAUCAGAUCUUGCAAUCACUUCACAACGUAGGUCUCUUCCUACGUCCUUCAAAUUGUUUACCGGCUCAGCAUGGGGAAUGCUAACACGAUCUUUCGUGGAAUAUUGUAUAUGGGGAUGGGACAAUCUUCCGAGGACCAUAUUAAUGUACUACACGAACUUUGUAUCCUCCCCAGAAGGCUACUUUCACACCGUUAUUUGCAACACCGAGGAGUUCACUAACACCGCAAUUAGCCACGAUCUUCAUUAUAUCGCAUGGGACUAUCCUCCGAAGCAGCACCCACGUUACUUGACGAUCAAAGACUUUGAAAAAAUGGUCAAUAGCAGCGCACCGUUUGCUAGGAAGUUUGCGAAAGACGAUGUGGUUCUGGACAAGAUCGAUCAAGAACUUCUGGGCCGUACUCAUCGGUUUGCUCGUGGUGCAUGGUGCGUUGGCGGCUCGGACCAUGGGUCAGACCCUUGUUCGGUUCGUGGUGAUGAUUCGGUUUUCAUGCCGGGCCCAGGUGCAACGAGGUUGAAUGACCUGUUUGAACAGCUUUUGUCGGAAGAUUUUCAAAGCAAAAGGUGUCCCUCAUGAAGGUAUAACCAGAAGAUGAGUUAGAUUCUA